AUGAAAGAAAAAACGCGUAACCUGAUUUUUGGAUGUAUUUCCGUUUUUGGAGGCAUUUUAAUUCAUUUUGCAUAUGGAUUCUUCUACAGUACUGCAAACUUGGUUCCUUAUAUGAUGGGAUAUACUAUAACAUACGUCGAUCCACAUGUGUCACCCACAUUGUCUAUAUGGCUGUCUGCACUCGCCCUUGCCAUGGAAGGUGUGGCUAUGCCUUUUGGUGGUGUUACUGCGAAAAGAUUUGGUUGUCGUAUCGUUGUGGCAGCCAGCUGUUUACUGGACAGGCAAUUUACCAACCCUGAAGUUCUUGACCGAGUUCCAGUAGCUUUCCUCAUUCUUGGAGGCAUUGUUUCAGCGAUACAUGUUGUUGGAUUUUGUUUGCUACGUGCGAAACCAAUUCAAAGUGCACACAAUUCAGAACUAGAAAUGACUGUCCGAAACAGAAUCCAUUCCGAUCACAAUGCAUUUAUUGUUGAUAGGGAAUUUACAGAAGAAGAACCCAGAAUCCUCAGACUUUGUGGAAAAUGUUUCCAGAGUAUUAUGGACAUAGCACCUAACAAAACAACAAAACAAGAAGUGAAUGUUCCACCUAAACAACUGCUACGACAUAUAGACUUCUAUCUCUUAUGGUUUGUGAUGUUCUGUGAUAUUAUACCUAUCACUAUAAUUACAUCAGUUUAUAAACUAUUUGGUCAACAGUUAAUUAAUGAUGAUCAAUUUUUAUCCAUUGUCGCUACAUUGUCAUCCGUCUUUAAUGCUGGAGGUCGUAUUGCUUGGGGUGGAACUGUCGAUCGAUUAUCUUUCAAGAUACCAAUGACAAUCAUGCAUAUAAUUUGGGCAGUAGUGCUUCUGAGUUUCCCACAUAUUGGAGGACUGACUGGUGAUUCACUGAAAGCUGUUUACGCUAUCUGGGUAUUUGUUUUGCACUUUUCAUUGAGUGGCGUCUUCACCAUUCAACCCGCAGCUACUGGGGUUGUUUUUGGACCUUUAAAUAUGGCGGUGAAUUAUGGCUGUGUAUUCAGUGCAUUUGCGGUGGGUAGCAUUCUCUGUGGAAUUAUAUCGACUGUCAUUACUAAUGAAAAUGCAUAUGUCUUACAGUUUACUUCCUGUGGAUGCAUUUGCAUCGUUGGUCUGUUCGCUUCGUUCUGGAUUGAAGACAGGAAAAUAUCCCCACGUUACAGAGCUUACAAUUUCUGUGCUGCUGCAUGUCCUACUUUACGUGUUGGGUAUUGUGACCCUGAUGCUAUUGAAGUGAUUUUGGAAGAUGAAGAGUGA